AUGCAGGUCGAGCAAUCUCUUUGUCUUUUCAGAUUUAUAAGAGACUUUUUUGCAAGGUCUUACCAUGUUGCUGUAUUAUCUUCAUUUAUUAAAGGUGAUUCAUACUUCCAUAUUCAGGAUAAACAAGAGAAGGAGGUUGUUUUGAAGGCAGUGGGACAGGCAAUCAGUAAGGCAGUGACCAUUGCAGAGAUUAUCAAGGUGGAGAUGAAGCGGCAAGUCUCUCUGCUCACAAUUACUUUGUCAACUGUUGAAUUGAACAAGAACUCGCCCAGGUACCAAGCUCCUACUAAGAGCUGCGGCAAGAUAAACAAGUCAUUGCUCCAUCUCUGGAUGUUAAUCAAGGUGAGCCUGAAGGCUUGA